GCGAGUUGGCUCUGGCGCCGAAACAACAGGAUCUACGGCCUCCAAUUGCUAGCGAUUUUGAAUUUGCCGUUCGAUGGAUGUCCUCAGUUCAUAAAUCCAUCCGGAGCCAUCUGGCAAUUAGGCCUUUUUUGUCUGUGAUUCGGCCAAAUGCAUCGUUCUGUUGGCAACGAUGGGGGCCGGCCGCACCUCUAUGCGAUUCUACAUUUUCACCGAAUUGCCCACACUUGCCGGGAGCUCCCGCAUUUUCGUCCCGGCCGAUCAAAGUCGCCAAAAUAGAUCAUGAUAAAGGCGAAUGGAAGCAGCAUCAUCCAGAUGGCGCGAACUUACACUUCAGGGAGACUCCCUCCGAUGCAUUGAUCUCAGCACUACAGGCCAGGGGCCUAAACAUAGAUGUGUCCGAACCUAAAUCCUACACUGUUGACUUGUCCUGGGUCAAUCCCACCGGCCCAACUGACACGGAAAGGACGGCAAGACCCAAGUCGCAUCAGGGCAAAAGUAGCCCAAAACAGUCCGCUCGCUUAUCAUAUGCAACGAUAGUUGCUAAUUAUAUCCGUUAUGUCGAUCCUAUUCUGUCGCCCGAAUCCCUGAAUCUCAAAAAAUACAGUCUAAGCCUCCAUCCUCUCGACGUCGUUCUUUUAAAGGUAUUCGAUAAGAAGACUAUGGAUUAUUUGUCUCGGAGGGGUUAUUCCGCUGUUGAUGUAAUGACAUGGGCUUGGAUCUUACUGUCACCUCAUCCAGUUACUGCAGCAAUGCGUUUGGCCGCCUCUAAGCGGUUUAAUCCCCAAGCUGAGGCGUCUUCCAGCAGCCGUAUUCCUCUAUUCGUACUUUUGUUUACUCUUCGUCGGAAAGCUAUCAACCUAAAGGCCCUCAACCUUUUAUUGACUCACUCUUGGGAUAUGCUUCUGGAUGUUCAACCUGGCAGGACAGUGCCUCAAACGCAGGCGGGUAUUCAGCUAAUGCCGAGUUCUCUCAAGCCGACAUGGAUGGUAUCUGGAGAUGAUAAUACGGUAAUGAUCCUUUUUGUUCGCCUUAUACGAGCUGCUCGUCGAAUUUCGCCGGAAGCACUUAUGUCUAUCUCUGACAUGUUUACCUCUGUGUUUGGUUAUGAUGCUGUUGCGGAGACAAUGAAUGACAAACGGAUGCGGCGUUUGGUUACUUACUACAAUAAGUUUUUGUCUCUUCUGGCUGUUCCAUGCAGAGUCGAGCCGUACGCAUCUACCGUCAUACAGCAGCGUUCUAUUUUCCAUUUAUUGAGGGAAAUGACAAAGUUUGACCCGCCGCUACCUGUUACUCGAGAAGGUUAUCACGCCGUUACCAGGGUUCAGGGUGGCCGACCGAAGCUAUCUGCAGAACGCACAUGGGCAGAGUUCAAGGCUAAAUCAUGGCCCCCAUGGAAAGAGGACAAGUUGGGAAUUGACGUGGAUAGGGGACUUGAGGGAAGUAAGAGUAAGACGAUAGGUUCUAUUACGCGGAUGAAGGAAGCCGGCUACUCUCCAACACGAUGGGACCGAAUAGCCACCAUUUUGGCCGGGUGGGAUAUCGACGGUACUCCUACGAUUCAAACCCGAUGCCUUCUUCCCAAACCAAAUCCUUAUCGGAUGAGAGAUCAACAUACUGUAUGGUUAAAAGAGAAGCGACAAGCGAGCAACGUUGAUCUACUUCCGGGCUUCAGGUACGAAGAUACGUACCACGAUGUCUGGGCUGCACGGAUCCGUGCGACGAGGACCAUGAAGGAGGCCUGGGCUUGCUUCUUGUCAUGUCGGGAUCAAGGUUUUCGUAUUACCAACGAUAUCUAUUUUGAGCUUGUGGAGAAGGUGAUAUAUCACGAUUAUUUACAAGACUCGUCUCGAAUCCGCUCGACUGAGGCAUUACCGGGUGACGGAAAGGAGGUAUAUUCUGAGCCAUCCUCUCCUCGAGACGUAAUCUACGUGCCUUCGGAGCCGCCAACGGUGGAAGCGCUACUUCAGCAGAUGUUUUCCCAGGAGAUAAAGCUCUCGAAGAGACUGUUAGUGCUAAUCUUAACCCACUUGACUUCCUUUAAGUCAGGGCUGGAGUGCCUUGCCAAUAGCGAUUUGCCACCCCGGCAGAUUCACGCAUUGACAUCUACUUUCAGCUGUGAGGAUCCGAGCCGGAAGAAGCAUCUCGAUUCUGUCCGGAAUGAUAUCUUCUCUGCCUUUAUCCGUUUCCUUUGCAGAUUCCCGAGCCAUGAAGCGACUUCGUUGGGUAGCUCAAGCAUACCACUUAGCCAAAUCUUCCCUAUCGCAAGGCCAACGGAAACUCGAAAUAAGGAUUUACGUGAUGUUGAGGACACUGUAGCCGCUGCGGGAGGGUUAUCGCAUGCCAUUUCUUUGGUGCGGCUACGAAUGCCGGAGUAUUUACCAACUUGGAGCUCUCUUUUGUCAAGUUUGGCUAACACCCGGCUCCCUGUCAGUGACAAUCGCCUCUCUCUCUCGACACAGCGGGCACUGGCGUGGAGGGAAGUUAGCGAAGUUUUGAAUUGGAUGGAAGAAAAGAACAUUAGUCUUGAUGCCAGCUGUUUUAACUCUGUGUGUGAAGCUCUCUCAAGGUGGCUGCUUGCCGUACAGAAUAACGAACGUGGAAGAAAACCGGGUUUAAAGAUUUUACAAUGCAUUGGGUUUAGCACCACACACAUAUCAACGGACUCGGAAAUGGCUAGCAAUGGCGUCAGCCUGGUAAAGCGAAAAUUUGACCAGAUGGUCCUUUCGAGGGACGGGCCGCUUUUUCCUUCAAUCACUGGAGAUCCUCUCGCCUUUGGCUCGCCGAAGCAUCCGGCGCUGCCAACAAUGUUUGCCAUCCCGAGUCCAUCUACACUCCAUGUGUUUAUUCGUGUCCUUGCCCUGGCAGGGGACUUUGAAAGUCUAACGUGCCUUCUCGGGUGGAUAUCUCGAAAUUCGAGCGACUUGCGACGAGUAACAAAGGAGCUUCUCGGCGGGGAGAGGUCGAUGCGUCGCGCUGUGACUGCGGCUCGAGUGUACCUUGAAAAGAAUGCACACAAUAUUGAUCCUUUAUCUGUACCGGGGUGUGAAUCAUCGAGUUCGAAUUUGACAACCCAGUCAAACGAAGGUCCGAGAGUAGAGUUGAUGUCCUCAAUGCCGAACUAUUUUUUGCAAAAGGCAUAUGAUAUCGUGGAAGACUCGGAUUUUCUAUCGCCAUGGCCCACAGAUGAGGAAGUACGUCAGUAUAUUGCUGAGCACAAGGGCUUUUUUUAAGAUAUUUGCGAGAACGGUGGACCGUCCCCGAUCUCUUCGUUUGUUGUACACUGUUCCAGUUGUCCGCAUCACUAGUGCGGUUUUCGGCCCUAAGUUGUCACAUUAAUGUAUAUUAGGCCUUAGAUCUUGUAUAUACAUAGGCUUUUUGUAUAAUAGUAUCUAAAACUUUUGAAAUUAUGAA